UGAUUUUUUUUCCCAAACCAGUUAAGCGCAAACCACGCCCCCUUACGUUAAAACCCCACCCCGCAGCCGUGACUCUCGCGUCUGCUUCAAUUUCAUUGGUCAAAUGUGUUACGUAGUCACCUAAGCGGUUCAGACGUCUCCUUAAGGCAAGGCUGUAUAUAUAUUAUGGAUCCGAAUUUGGCGCUGACAAACGGUAAGAUAAGCCGCCUGAUUGUUUAUAUAUAGCAUUUAAUUAUCAUCAUAAAUAACAAUUAGGAGGUUUCAGUGAAAGUUUUUUUAUUAUUAUUUUAACUUAAUGUUUAUCGUAUCCUAUUUAUAUCCCCUGCAGCGGAUUACGCUUGUUCUGGCUGUGUUAAUGAAGACCAAGCCUCACAUCUGAAGGACUGGUUACCUUCUGGGUAUAAUUAUCAUUUCUGCACCUACACUACACAAGGCACAUCAAACUUGGACCACAAAAGUUUUGAGGUAUCACUCAGAAUUGCACUGAAAGAAAUUUGUGAGGUUAAGGAAUGGGUGAAAAAGCUUAGUGAGUCAUCAGGAGUGAGUUGGAGAGUGGCAGUGACCAAACCAAGCUCAUUAUAGGUGCCAGCAUAAUGUUUGUGUCCGAUCAGGCAUGGCUAAUCAAAGACGGCUGUCAAAAAAUACACAAUGUGGGGCAAAAAUGGUUUGCACUCUGGAGCAAAGAUCCCCAUAUACCCACCUACCCAACCUCUGUGCGUUUGUACAAUGUACAUAAUCAUAACAUCUUUGUUGCGGAGGCACUGAGGCACAGGGAUGUGGGAGUCAAGGCAAUUGAGACCCUGACUCAGUUGUUUGAGAUUGGGCACAACCCAACCUCAGCUCUGGCUGUACUUAAAAGUGACAUGCUGGCUGAGCAUGGUAACAAAUAUGUAUAUGCCUCAGCCAACCGUACCCUUUGCCCAGACCUUCAGUUUUGCUACAGAAACAAGAAGUUCUUGACUUAUUUACAGAGUCUUUAUAGUCGACGCGAAAGUUGGGCUCUCAGCUACAGGAGGGACUUGCCAACACGUGGCAAUCAAACAAAUAACUAUGUGGAAGCUGCAAUGCGUGUAUUGAAAGACAAAAUACUUCAAAGGACGAAAGCAUUCAACCUUCCUCAAUUAUUCAACCUUUUCACCACCCGACUAGAGAUGUACUAUGAAGCACGUGUGACAGACAUCGCACUUGGCCAUUGGGAGGCAUUUCACCGGUCAAGAUUCCUUGCUACAGAAAGUAAUAUUAAACCAUCUGAUAUUUCUCAGGUUGGAGAGAAGAAGUUUCAGGUGAAAUCCUCCACAUCAGGACACACUUAUACCGUGGACAUGGAGUUGGAGCUCUGCACAUGCCCAGCUGGCCAUAGCGGGGCACCAUGUAAACACCAAGCAGCAAUAGUGCAAAAUUACAACAUCACCUCUAUCAACUUUCUCCCCACAACAGCUGAAAUGAGGGCUGAUCUGCUGAAAAUAACAAAAGCCUCAGUUUCUCUUGACUUCCUGAGUCCUUUACGGCAAAAAAUGCCUAUGUCAAGCACAUUAGCUCCAGAUGUGCCUCCAAGACAAGAAACGUGCAAUACUGAUCAUCAGUACUAUCUUAGUGCUCAAGAUGAUGUAGACCAUCAGCUGGCCGUGUCUACCUUCAGCUCUGCACAAUUACCCCCAGUGUCACCUACUCCAGAAGGCUCAAACUCCAACCUACCCUGUGUGCAGAGUAAUUCAAAAAGUGCAUCUAUACCUCAGUCUCCUGUAAGACGGAUGCUAAGACUGCUCGGUGAACUGUCUGAAACCUCUGACUACAGUGAUGCCAUGAACACAAUGGCCAAGCAGCUUGAAAAGAUGCAGCACAACCCGAGCCAACUGAUCUCUGCAUUUUGCUGUUUUGGUAAAGGAAUGUCAGUGUCAAAGCGUGCAGCAGCAUUAAGACGAGCUGCUAGACGACCAGGACCUAUUAUUGGCUGUCAGCCAACAGCAGUGGCCCGAAGAACAAAUAAGUUUGGUUCUAAGCGGCGUUUGACAGCUGGACGACCCAGAAAAAAAUUUUCUGGUUCAGAGCAUGACUACAGCAGACAUGCAGGAAAUGGGGGGAAAAGGGCUGUAAGGGUUCGCCACAGAUUGUCAGAAUCUGUGGCAAUGAAUUACUCACAUCAACACUAGAAUAAUAUUUGUAUGUGGAAUUUGUGUUGAUGGGUUAAGUGUUUCUAAUUUGUUCCUCCUGAAUGUUUUAAAAUGUUAAUUAGUAGAUUAGUUAAUGCAAAUACAGUAUUAUUAAUGAAUUCUAUGAAUGAAUGCUUUCAGGUUAUAAAGCCAUAUUAAAACCAUAUUCGGACUCUUGUUUACAGUAAAGGAUGCGUGAAAUUACAUUUUCUCUGUGCAAUAAAUUUUUGAUAGCUGUUGUAUGUAAAAGUGUCUUUGUGUACAAUGGCAGUUUUGUGUUUUAUCCAUUUAAUAAAAAUGUUUUUAUUUGA